CAUGGAAAAUUAUGUACCGUUUCUUGUAAGCCACUGGCGUACAGUCGGAUUGAUUAGUGUCAGCAUAGCGGCUGGGGUUGCGUUGGGACAACUUAAUCAAACACACGAACGGGCAGCAAACAAAAGUCAACGAGUGCACACGAACAGUUCUAUCAAGGCAAAACAAGUGAAACGUGAGUCAGCAAUUGAGCAAAUAAACGAAAUCGAAGACGAUGACGAACAAUCUCUUGAGGAUCAAGAUGUUCUACCAAUCUUAUUCCAAUAUGAGAAACCGAGUGAAGCUGAUUCGAUCAGGAGGUCAGAAGAAUUUUACCUUCGAAUGAAUCAACGUCGUUCUGUACGAGAAAUUAGCUCAGAUCCGGUAGCCUUGGAAGUAAUUGAGAAUAUCAUCAAGACUGGUGGGACCUCGCCAAGCGGAGCGCACACGGAACCAUGGACAUUUGUUGUUGUGAGUAACCUCGAGAUGAAACAACAAAUUAGGCAAAUAAUUGAAGCAGAGGAAGAGAUAAAUUACAAACAGCGGAUGGGCGACGUCUGGGUCCAGGAUUUGCAGCCGGUUGGAACGACCUGGGUGAAAGAGUACCUGACCGAGGCUCCUUGGCUCAUCUUAAUUUUCAAACAGGUUCACGGUUUCAAACGAAACGGACAAAAGAAGAUCCAUUACUACAACGAAAUUAGCGUUUCCAUUGCAACUGGCUUCUUGUUGGCAGCUAUACAAGAAGCUGGAUUGGUAACAGUGACUACUACACCACUCAACUGUGGUCCGAGUAUACGUGUGCUACUCGGUCGUCCAGUAAACGAAAAGUUGCUGUUGUUGCUACCCGUUGGAUACCCAAAAGUUGGAGCUACAGUGCCCGAUUUCAAGCGAAAACCACUUCACGACAUCAUGGUUCAUUACCAGUGAGUUAAAACCCUGUUAAGAUCGGCAAUUAUGUAUUCCCUCUCGACAAACAAUCAUCAUUUUGAGAAAUACACAGGCUCAUUGAAGAGCUCGCUGCCCAGA